AUGUCGAACCAAUCGAACGCAUGUACAGGAGCUGAGGGUGUGGCGGAUCGCCGCCAGGCGGAGCUUGCUUCGUCGGCGGCCCCAUCCGGCCCCCCACUGAAGACAACCCGGCGCAUUCACCCGGCUCACGAAUUGGACGAUUCUCCGGUUCUUCCAGCUGCAGAAGGAAGUGCUGCGUCCCCCGGCGGCGAACUGCCGCCGUCGCAGCCUACACUGGACGUCACAACUGGGCGAUGCGGCAUCGAUUCAGGAAUCGAUGAAGCCGCCCUUAGGGAGUUAGAUAGGGCAAAUGGCGCGUCAGUGCCCCCUUCACGUGGGACCAGCCCGCGCGCGCCGAGGCAAAGGCAGUGUUCCACGAGUGUCCCCCGCCCCUCGCCCGCCCCACUCGAUAUGCCAGACAUUUCCGAUGCCGUCUGCGUCUCUGAGUCGGACAGUGACUCCGUCACUGGCUACAUCGACGACAGCGACAUCGCGGAGGGCCUAGAAGAGAGUCUUAUCGCCCUCCGCGACGCCGCGGAAGAGGAGGGACUGCCCUGUGACCCCGCUCUGCGGGCGCGGAUUCUCUUCCCUAACGCCGCUGCCGCUGACGCCGACGGCGACGCCAUGCAAUGCGAGAUGGAGUCGCGUAAGAGGAAACCAGCGGCCGCCUCUUCCGACUCCGAAGCUGCCCCCUCCGAGGCCGCUCGUGGGAAGAAGCAGAAGGCCGCCGCCGACGCUGAGGGCUUCGCCGUCCCCAGGAAGACGGCACCCCGCCGCCGCAUUGUCAAGACGCCGGUCCUCCCGGGUGUGGCGGAUCGCCGCCCGUCGGGGCCAGCUCGGGCGACUGAGCUGAUCCCGGUGGCGGCCCCAUCCGGCCCCCCACUUAUGACGAACCGGCUUACGACAACUGACCACGACAGGAAUGACUCUUCGGAUUCUGAUGUGCUCUCUCGUGAUCGAGUGUUCAUCCUUAUGAACAAACUCGCUCACGGGGGUUCCUACCCGGGUCGAAAGGACGACGAGGCGACUAUACUCGCCUUCUGUCACAUUCGGAAGGGUGCCACUCUGCCGUACACGAGGCAGCAAGUGUCGGGUGUGCCACCGAGAGCCCCGCCGGUUGAAUCGCGCGAGUCUGCGGUCCCGGCGGUGGCGGCCUCGGCGGGAGUUGCGCCGCUGGCCUCGACCACUGAAGAGGUCGAUGUGCCCCCGGCUGCACCCCUGGUCCCCAAGACACGAGAAGAGCCCGUGGCUACGCUAGCUGCGGCCGCCGAGAUGCAGGAUAUCGACCUGCCUGACGCAAAUUUGGCUGAGGCCAUUGCCGAGUCAGAGCGCCGUGACACUGACUCUGACGCUGCCCGUGCGCCCAGAAAGCGCCGGGCUAUGACGCAUGACGACUCCGACACUCCCUCUCAGACGUCCGACACAGCGAGGCCGCGGAAGAAGGCCUCGAGGGCUUCCCGCCCUUCCACCACGGAGUCUGGGACGACUAUCGCGGGCUCCUCCGCGAGCGCCGCCUCGCCGAGACCGACGAAGACGCGGCGGCCCACUCGUCCACCUGCCACCUCCCGGCAGCCGGAUGAGGAUGGUUUUGUCGCCCCUCCCAGGCGGCGCACUGCCAGGGCUGCUGCGCUGCAGCAACCGACGCCGCUGCCGACCGCCAACGCGUUCGCGGGGGCCAGUGUGGACGCGACUGAAGAUGGUGCCGCGCCUCCUGUGUCGGCCCAAAAGAAGCCCUCGCCCAUCGUCAUCCAAUGGGCGGGAGGGUACAAGGAGUUCCAGCAAAAACUAGACAGGGCGGCCACGUCCGCCACUGUCAAGACUGCUGGCCGUGACCUCUACAAGGUCACGGUGUCCUCCAACGAGGAGUACCGCGCGGUGAUGGACACCAUCUCCAGAGAUGGCCUCCCGGGCCGAAACCACCGGAGCGGAGGGGCUGCUCCCUCUCGUAAGGUGCACCCAUCCACCAGCUUUGCUGCCGCCACCAAGGGCGGACCAUCAACCGCCACCGCCCGACGUUCGGAACUGGCGGCGGGCGAGACGAGGCAACCGGCCGCGCCGUCCCCGGCUUCGCCCGGGGGGGAGGCCAACCCAACACCCACGCAGAGCGCGCGGGUUGCCGCCCCGCGCAGGCGUCGCCGGCGCGCGGGCCGGGCCACCCAUGCCGCUGCACGCCGGACUGCCGAUGACACACUGCCGCAACAGACGACAGCACCUCGUGCUACGCCGCCACCGGCUGCCGACGCUCCGCGGCAGUCGUCUACUACGGAGUUGCCGCAACCGGCCUCCCCAGUGGCGGAGGCCGCCCCAGCGGCCAACGCCGCCCCCUCGGCCACCGAUGCAGCCGAGCUCCGAACAGCAGCACCGCUGCUUAACCUGCCCCUACACCUGGCAUAUGAAGCCAGCGUUUUACAGCGAGCGAGCGAGCGAGCGAGCGGCGCCGGCCGCAACCCACUAAUACAAAAUGUGCUUCCACACCUCGACCCAGAAGACGAGAGAAAACUGAUGCAGGCGGUCGUGCGAACAGAAAAACGUAGGGAAAUGAGGAGAAUGGAGCAAAAAAGGGAACAGAUAAAACAGGAGACCAAAUUCAUCAGGGAAAUAGGCAGGAAAGCAGACAGGAAAAUUCUCCCAAAGACGACAGCCAAACUGCUCGUCAGGGAGAAAAGAAAGCGCGCGAAGUCACCCAAGCGCAAACCCGGAACAUCAGAGCCUCUCCCCCUACUAUUUGAAACACACCCGACCACAGAUACGGCGGACGAAGCUGCAGAGACGGCCACUCCAGGCCCAAGCAACGCAUCUGCGGGAGAAACGAUCGUGACGGACGGGUCUCCCGCAGAAGCGUCAACGCCAGCAGUAACAACAAACGAAAAUCCCAAACCUAGCACGUCCUCCCUAGUACAAGACGCUACACACGACACGCAAGACGCACCACCCACGAACUCGCCCCAGAGCCCAGAGCCGGCACACGCAAACGUCACCGCAGCAGCCGAGCACGCGCCCGCCACAGCCGAGGAGCCGGAAGCUAACGGUACCUUCGAGCUGGCGCGGCGCACGGCCAAGGUCAAGCCGCCACCAGCCGCGGCCGGCACUGCCUGCGCCACAAGCAACAAAUACGACGCGCUCGAUGAAGACGCGCAAACACCCCCAGCCCCACCACCACCAAAGACACAACAAAACACGCAACAUCCCAAACAUGAAAGACUACCACCCAUAGUCGCCACGUAUCCAGAUACAUACAAAAAAAUGUACGAUCUUAUCACUGCCGCCAUAGGCGACGAACGCUUCCACGCAAAAUCUGCCGGCGGUGAUAAGAUCAAAAUCACACUGAAAACGAUAGACGACUACAACACAACAAAAAACACAUUAAAACAACACCAUAUACCGCACUACACGUACCCCACAGGCGCACAAAAGACUUUGAAAGUCGUCUUAAGAGGCUUCCCCACACGCACCGACCCCGCCGACAUCAAGGACGCCAUAACGGCGAAAGGAUACGACGUAAGGUCGGUGCGCAAACAGGGCUCGAACAACAGAGACCCACUGUAUUGUGCAACGUUAAUCGACACACAACAGCAUCGGAAGUUGUUCCAGGAAACCCGACUAAUGGGCCUUGGAAUAACGACCGAACCACUGAAACAAAGAGCUAGAGCACCACAGUGCUUUAACUGUCAAGUGAUCGGCCACGUAAAUUAUUACUGCGACAUGCCGCCACGCUGCGUGCGGUGCGCUGGAGGCCACGCGUCCAGGGAGUGCAAAAUGUCACCCCAGGACAAGCCAAAAUGCGCUAACUGCAGCGGCGCCCACACGGCCAGUUACCGAGGCUGUCCAGCACACAAAAGAGCCAAGGCCUGA